UCUUCUCACAGCACAACAAUCUCAAACUAAGCGCAAGUCACAAUACGAGCCUACGAGGCCGAGCGAGGGUUAACGGUGGCAUCGUCCUUCAGCCACUCUCUCCCUGUGUACUGCAUCUACACUCCCCAUUGGCCAGGCCUACCCAGAAAAACUCGAGUGUUGAUUCCUGAAAUGUUGAAUGCCUGGUUUCCCACCAAAAGUCCUAUUAUACUCCAAACCAUAAUCACUAACCUUCAUGAAAACUGCAAAUCAAUGUCGGAGCUCAAGCAAAUCCAUGCUCUGCUCCUCACUUCUGGCCUCUCCCAACAGCAAUCCUUUACUUCCGAAAUCAUCAGUUUCUCAGCGCUAUCGGAUUCCGGUAACAUAGACUACUCGUACCGGGUCCUAACCCAACUCCCCACCCCAACAGUUUUUGAUUGGAACGCAGUCAUCAGAGGCUACUCCAAGAGCAAAAACCCCAACCGUUCGAUUUCCGUCUUCAUCAAAAUGCUGCGCCAUGGGGCCUCACCGGAUUACUUAACGUACCCUUUUCUGGCCAAAGCCUCGGCGCGUUUGUUGAAGCGUGAGCUUGGUGUGGCGGUGCAUGGCCACAUUGUCAAAACUGGGUUUGAGUCGGAUAGGUUUAUAAGUAACUCCUUGAUUCAUAUGUAUGCUACUUGUAGGGAUGUAGUGUAUGCACGUAAGGUGUUCGAUGAAAUUCCUGUGAGGAACUCGGUUUCUUGGAAUUCCAUGCUGGAUGGAUAUGCAAAGUGUGGGGAUGUGGUUUCAGCUAGGGAGGUGUUUGAGAUGAUGCCGGAGCGUGAUGUUGUGUCUUGGAGCUCUUUGAUUGAUGGGUACGUCAAGGAUGGGGAGUAUGGGGAGGCUUUGAAAGUGUUCGAGAGAAUGCGGGUUAUGGGGCCGAAAGCGAAUGAGGUGACUAUGGUGAGUGUUUUGUGUGCGUGUGCUCACCUAGGUGCGCUUGAGCAAGGGAAGACAAUGCAUUGUUAUAUGAUGGAGAAUAAGUUGCCGUUAACUUUGGUGUUGCGAACGGCACUUGUGGACAUGUAUGCAAAGUGUGGAGCGGUAGACGAGGCUUUACAUGUUUUUCGUGGGGUUUCGUUGCAGCAGUCGGAUGUGUUGAUUUGGAAUGCAAUGAUCGGAGGACUUGCAACUCAUGGAUUAGUCCAACAGUCACUUGAAUAUUUUAGGGAGAUGCAAAUGAUUGGGAUUGUCCCGGAUGAGAUCACAUACUUGUGCUUGUUGAGUGCUUGCGCUCAUGGGGGCUUAGUCAAAGAAGCUUGGUCUUUCUUUGAAUGUAUUGGUAAACGUGGUAUGACGCCCAAGUCUGAGCACUAUGCUUGCAUGGUGGAUGUAUUAGCACGUAGAGGCGAAGUAGAAGAGGCAUACCGGUUUAUAUGUCAAAUGCCUAGUGAUCCAACUCCUUCCAUGCUAGGUGCUCUGCUUAAUGGGUGCACGAACCACGGAAAAUUAGGUCUUGCAGAGGUUGUUGGGAGGAGGCUUAUCGAGAUACAGCCAAAUCACGAUGGUAGAUAUGUCGGCUUGUCAAAUGUUUAUGCUGUUUCCAAGCGCUGGGAUGAUGCAAGAAGUCUAAGAAAAGCCAUGGAAAGGAGAGGGGUGAAGAAGUCCCCUGGGUUUAGUGUUGUGGAGAUAUUUGGAACCCUUCACAAAUUUAUAGCCCGCGAUAAAUCAUACCCUGAUUCGGAAGAAAUUUAUGGGAUGCUGAAUGUUAUUGUAAAUGAAAUUAGAUCUGAUACUGAUAACAGAGAUCAAGAAUUCUUUUUUUAUGCAGUGGAAAAUUUGUGACAUUCAUCACCUAUAUGCUUCUCAAGAAACUUGGUGACAUUUGAAGCUCAACAGAACACAGGGCUUCAAACUGUUACCAUUUGGGAACUUUAUGAGCGAGUCACAUUCAAAUAAUAUCGAUCUGUAUCCUUUGGAUCUUGUAAAAGAGCACUCCACAAGGGCCGCAAAGCUUCAAUUUGUAAAACAGAAGAGGCACCACAAGGUCAUGGAUCACAUUCAUAACACUUCACCCAACCGAGAAAAGGUGGCAUACCGCGCGACAUCAGUACUCGAUUUUAGAUCUUCUGUUAACACAUUAGUUCAUUGCACGUUUGACACAAGCAUUUCAAUGAAGAAACGUGAGCUAAACCAUCUUCAAGCUUUUACUAGGACACAAGCGUAUUAUCUGUUGGUAAGACUUUGCU